AUUUAUCUCCUGUUGCGUUCAUAAAAGUGUUUAAUGUCGCGAGAUUCGCGGUAAGAGCAAAUGAUUUAUUCGGAUACGGAGGCUGGAUCCUUUUAGUAAAAAUCGCGUGAUUAGAAGAGUAAUAUCGAUAUAGCAAUGUGUUCCUAUGCACCGACCGUUGUGCCGCUACCUUUACCAGAAGAUGUACUUAAGGAUCUUGUUAGUAAAGGUAAAGACUGGGCAAUCACGAACGGUACUUGUAUGCGAUCGAGAGCAAACUUUUCAGAAGACUCCAUAAAUUUCGCUCCGUUCGUUUUGCUUCCGUCCACUAUGCCCAGAAGAGAUUUCGAGCAAGUUGUCAAUCUUCAGACGGCGUUCCAGGAGCUGAUACACUACGUUGCGAACGAUAGAGAAUUUUUAACGAAAUGUUUGACUAGAAUUAUCGAGGUCGAUUCGUUUACUGCGAAAUUGUUCGAGAUUUAUGAAGCUGUACAAGAAGAAGGGGAGUCGCAGCCAAUCAGUGUGGGAUUGUUAAGAUGUGAUUACAUGAUGGAGACCGAAAAGUUGAAUGGACAGAAACGUCACGAACAUAGUUUUCCACCAUUCAGUUGGAAAUUAGUAGAAAUAAACAAUAUAGCUGCUGGCUUUGGAUGGCUUGGGCCGGCCUCUGGUUUGCUGCACAGAUAUAUCUUACAAGAAAUGAAUUUAUACGACAAAAUAAGCAACCUGCCAGAGAACAACGCUUUAUCGGAAUUUUGUAAGGGCUUUUUGGAAGCGUGGAAAAUGUAUGGCGAUUGCCAAGCUGUGAUUUUAAUGAUAGUUGAAGACGUAAUUUACAAUAUUUGUGAUCAAAGAAUUCAUGAGUUUAAAUUUAGGGAGCUAAAUCCACACGUUAAGUUUAUUAGAAGGACUUUAACGGAAAUAUACAAAAGUGGGAAACUUAACGAGAAGAAAGAACUUGUAGUAGGAAAUGAUGUUGUAGCUGUGGUUUACUUCAGAUGUGGAUAUAACCCCGGUCAAUACCCUACUGAAAACGAAUGGACAGCUCGAUUGUUAAUCGAAAAGUCUAAAGCCAUCAAAUGUCCGAACAUCCAAUACCAUUUAGCGGGAACGAAAAAAGUUCAACAGGAAUUAGCCAAACAUGGAGUCAUUGAAAGAUUUAUUAAAGAUCGACGAAAAGUUGAACUCAUCAGAGAUGUAUUUGUUGGUAUAUAUGGUUUAGAAUUUGACGAUGAUGGGGAAAAAGCGGUCAGAAUGGCAUUAGAGACACCUGAAAGGUAUGUUUUAAAACCACAAAGAGAAGGUGGUGGAAACAAUGUAUAUGGAAAAGACGUUAAAGAAUACUUAGAAGGAAUGGCAAACAGCAAAGAAAGAGAAUCAUGGAUAUUAAUGGAGAGGAUCAUUCCUCCCAUAGUACGUGGAUAUAUGGUAAAACCAGGAAGCUCAAACCCGCCUCCAAUAUCGGAAACAAUAUUAGAAUUGGGAAUAUUCGGUAUUAUAAUUGGGACUCCAAAAACGAUAAUUUCGAACAGGCAGACAGGUCAUAUGGUCAGAUCAAAAAUUGCAACAGCAAAUGAAGGUGGUGUAAUGAUAGGGUUGGGUGCAUUAGACAGUCCCUAUUUACUGCAAUAAAUCUUUUUAGGAUAUACCAAUUUUACCAGCAGUUAUUUUAAUACAAGCUAGAACUGAUAAUUUGUAAUGAUUUUUAAAGAACUCUACAGUUUUGAAGUAUUUAUUUAUUUAUCUUACAACUUUUAUAGUUAUAUUUUAUUAUUUGUCGUCCAAUAAUAAAUAUUGUUUAUUAGUA